AUGAACGCAGCCUGUCUUGAAAUCGAAUCCUCGAUGUAUCAGACAGAAGUGAAAACUCACGGUUAUGAAAUCCUUAAAAAAGGGUUUCCUAUGCCUGGUCACUGGCCAGACGAUUUCUCGCCAUUGAACAGGUACCUCAAGGGUAGCAAGAAGUCUGCCAAGACUGCUUUCAGUGGACAUUGUAGCAGAUCUAAGACUCCUGAUUUAAGUGAUCAUGGGUCUGGUGAGUUUGACUCUGCGUUUUCAGACUCUAAAUAUUACAAAGAUAAGCGUAAGGCGGUCAUAGCGUCCAGGUCUGCGCUGAACUUUGCUUUAACCAAGAAUUCGGCCACACCCAAUCUGCCUGUGCCCUAUAUUAUUGUCAUGAGGUUUGAACUGCGCCUUUGCUUUUUGGGAUUCACCGGCGAUCAUAAUUAUACCAAGAAGUUGAAGACGCUAUGCUUCAACACAACAAUUAAUUAUAUACACUCAGAAUCACAAAACCUAGUGGAAGGACUCUUUUCACUUUUGGAAAUGCGUUUGUUUCCGGAAGCUUUGGUGGUUGUAAAUAGCUGUGUUGAGCACGAUGCCCCAAGAAGUAUUUCAAAAGUCAUUUGGGACAAGGAUUCCAAGGAAAUUGCGAGGAAACGCGAAAUGUCCAUCUUCGAUGCGACAAGCGCUGUCUUUGAAAAGAAGACCUGCACAAGGCUAAGGUUAAAGCUAAAGAAGGUCGUGUCAAGAAAGCCUGUUGUCAAAAACUUGAGCGACGUUUUAAAUUCUCAGGCGCGUCAAAAAUCUUCAAACUUCAAAGAACUGUAUUUUAAAACGUUAGGACAAAACAAUAUCAUUGAUUUAUCUUAUAGCAGUAAAGGAUCGCAAUUACAUCUUUUAAGCAAUGUAGAACGAGAAGCAAUUUCCAAGAAACCUUUUUUUAUGCCGAUCACUAAUUACCGAUCAGAAGACUUUUCUCCGCUUGACAAGCACCUCAAGAAAAUUAAGGGACUAUAUGAACUCUGGGAAAUGUGCCUAAACAUUAAGUCGGCAGUCACCAAAGGAAUCAAAAGAAGAUCCAUGGAUGAGGUUUUGGGCGCGUAUGUUGAUAAUAAUGAACAACUUUGUAUCUUCAAAGUCGUUUGGGAUAAGAAAGCUGAUGUUCAAAUUGGUGAUGAAGCGGAUGAUUCUCAGGCGGAAACUGCUUAA